AUGGAACGUCCUACUAAAGAUAGUAGCACGCACAAAGAGAAUGAUGACAAUGAAAAUCAAGAGAUUCCUCAAUCUGGAUCCAGGAUCAAGAAAGAAAAGUCGAAAGUUUCUUUUCAAUCUUCUCGUUCUAAACUAGUUUUCCCUUUCGCGUUAGAUAAGCCUGAUGAAACAGGCCUGUUUUCGCAGUUUCGUUCAUUGACACCACAACAGAAGAACCAAAACAUGAUUUCUUUCGAGCCUGACCAUCAGCGGCGCCAGGGACUAUUAGGCUUUGAUUUACACAAUCAAAUUCUUCAGAAUCGAAAUGGCAAGCGUAACCUGGAUCCAACAGGAGGAUUGUUACAAUUUUCCGACGCUAUCCCUAAACUCUAUAGGGGAGUGAGACAGCGCCAUUGGGGUAAGUGGGUGGCUGAGAUUCGUCUCCCUCGCAAUAGAACUCGACUCUGGUUAGGGACAUUCGAUAAUGCUGAAGCAGCCGCUUUAGCUUAUGAUCGACAGGCCUUCAGAUUAAGAGGGAAAAAGGCGAAAUUAAAUUUCCCACACCUUUUCUUUGGCCAAAAAUCAGGUGAAUCAUCAACACCGUCAAAUUCUAGUCACGCUGCUGAAAAUUCUCCACUUGAAAACUUGCAUCAAAUCCAAAAACAGCCUGAUUUUCAGCCUGAUUGCGAGGAAAGUGUUGUCCAAAAGAAUCCUGAUAAGGGCUGUCCAUCAAUAUCAAAUGAAACUGAAAAUGAAGACAGUCAAGAAUUGACAAGAGAAUUUGUAUUCGGGGGAAGCUGUUAUUUGGAAUCAUUUGAUGAAUCACAGUGGGGGAAUUCAUCAGAUGUUUGGAUCAAUUCAUUGCAAUCUGAUUUUUUUCCAGGCUGUUCAAAUUCAAUUUGGCAAAAUACAGCAAACAAUGAUUCCAUGUCCUCCGUUCCUGGAUCCAUUGACGAGCUUUUGGGCGACAAGUCUUUGCAGAUACAAGAAGAAAAUUUAAGUUGGAAAGGUGAUAUUUUAUCGUCCAUAACUUUCGAUCCUAUUGAAGAUAAGGUUUAA